AUGAGCGGCAAGGACGACAUCACCAGUCUCAUCUCAGACGAGGAGCUUCGGGUUACCUUGAGGACACUGAGCGUCAUCGGUGAGCAUCUCGACAUGCUCCGUGACAAGCGCAUGAAGCCCUUGAGAUCUGCGUUGCAUCCCAUUGUGGAGGAGCGGAUACGGCAGACGGCAGGGAACAAGGUCCCGCAUGCAGCAGGGGGAGGGUCGUUGAGCGGUAAGAUCAGCGAGGCGCUCAAAGAUCAGAGGUGGGAGGACGCGAUCGAGCUGCUGCAAGCCAUGCGGGCUCCUCGUGAGAUCCCCAAGCUCGGGGCCGUCCAGCGUUGGGUGCGGGACUGCGACUUGGGAGCAACGGCUGCCAACGACCCUCAGGCGCUGCGGGUGCUGGACGCCAUUCUGAGAGCGGCAGGUCAGGACUGGUUCGGUCUCGCGGCAUCAGCAGCGGCGAACGCGAAGCAGGAGGGGCAGGAGGGAGCUCCUGAGCUGCUCAAGGGGAGCGGGAUGGUGCGCCGGUUUCCAGCAUGGUGCCCGGUGCCGAAGCAGGAGGGCGGGAGCUACGACGCUAGCAAGUUCCUCGAAGUAGACAAGUCGAGCCUCCGCAUCAUCGGGCACGAGAUGGCUUGCGAGCGCCGCCCGCCCAACAAGCACGACCUGAACAUCUGGUAUGCUCCUCCCUCCCUCCUCCACUUCCAGCAGGACCUCCCUCAGGCCACAAGGUUCGACUUCCCCUCCGUCCCCGGCGCUUUCUUCCUCUCGGGCGUCCUGACCCCCCACGAGUGCUGGCAAAUCAUCUCCGUCGCUGAGGCCAUGGGCUUUUCCCCCGAUGAGCCGCUUGACAAGGCCAUUGACUCGCGCGCUGACGGAUGCGUGUGGCUGGUGGACGAGCAGAUCCAGCGGAAGCUGCUUGACAGGAUGGAGCAUCUCAUGCCUCCUGUGCUGGGGGACGGCAAGUUCGCAGGCCUCAACGCCCGCUGGCGCCUCUACCGUUACACCACGGGCAACGUCUACCGGCCGCACGUGGAUGGAGCAUGGCCGGGCUCGGGGAUCGACGAGGAAGGGAACUAUGUGUACGACAAGACAGGAGAUCGCUGGUCGCGCCUGACUUUCGUAAUCUACUUGACGGAGGACUUCGACGGAGGCUGUACCACCUUCUUCACUCCAGCUCGUGUCGAGGGAUGCCUCGAGCUCCGCGGGGUUGAGCCCCGGCAGGGAUGCGUCUUGUGCUUCCCUCAUGGCGAUACCGCAGAGUCGCUCGUCCAUGAAGGUGAAGUCAAAUAG